AUGACCGCAGAGAGCGCGCUCCUGGCCUCCAUCCGUCAGCUCAUGGCGUCUCGUUACUCGUCUCGUUACAGCACGAGCUCCAUCAGCUCCUUCAGCGCCGCUCCGCUCCGGCCCAGACUGCACAGUCAGUUCGGAGAGGAAUCAUCCAUCAGCUCCAUCACUGACGCCUUCAGCCGUUACCAUGGUGAUACACUGGACGAGUCAUCCUGGGCCGAGUCCGCUGGAGGUUGCCAAGGUCACCAAGGUGGUGAAGAGUCCUUUGGAGGUUACCAUGGAGACCAUCACUACAACCAAGCAGGAAAGCAGGUCGACUGGAGCCUUGGCGACGAUAUACAGGCUCCCGGCGGCUCCGGUGUGGGCGUGGUCAGGGCGACGGGCGACAGCUACUUCCUCUCUGCAGAUGUGAGCGGGUUCGAGCCUCAUGAAGUGGUGCUGCUGGUGUAUAAUCAGUGUGUGGCUAUUCAUGCAGAGAAGAUGGCAGCAGAUGGGAGUGUUGCGGGACGCUUUACCCAUAAGUCUGUGCUGCCGGCAGACAUGGACCCGUUAUCUGUGAGCAGCUCGCUGACCGCUGAGAGGAGACUGAUCAUCAGCGUCGGUCGCAGCAAAUCCCCUGUGACCUCUGACCUCUGA